AUGUUAUCAAAUCCAAGGAAAAUCAGUAAAAAAAUAUGGAAUAUAUUAUAUAUGAACAAAAAGAAAAAAAUAAUAUAUGCUUUUUCUAUCAUAGGAUCUGGAUAUUAUUUAUAUAAAACAGGAUGUAACAAUAAUGAAUUUGAAAGCGUACGAAAUAAUAGUGAUAUAGAAAAAUUGAAAAAUUUGAACAUAAACAAUAUAUGCUCUUAUGUACCAUUACUUAUUUUGAAUAUAUAUGAUAAUUAUAUAUAUAAGAAUAAGAUAUUAAAAAAAAUAUAUUUUAAAUACAAAAAAAAAUUAAAUAAAAAAAAUUAUAAUGAUAUUAAAAAUAUAUUAGACCAAAAUGAUACAAGAAUAAAUUAUGAUUUUAUUUAUAACGAAAAAAGUAUAUUUAACAAGUUAUAUAUAUAUGAAUUAGUUUUAGAAAAAAGUAUUAAAUAUGCAAUACUAUCUCCUCAAUUAAGUAUAUACAUCCUUAAAGAAUUAUCAUCUUAUUUUGUAAAUUUAAAUACGAAAUUGUAUAAUGAAAAAGAUUUUUCUAUACACACAAAAAUAGGAAAAAAUAAACGACAAAAAAUAAUAAGAUCUAUAUUUAAUUGGUUUUCAAAUUAUAGACAUGCAGAUAACAAUACAAUGAUAUAUUAUUCUGGUGAAAUUAAUUCCAAAAAUAUUAAGAAAAAUAAAAAAAAAUUUAGAGAAACAUAUGAGGAUAUAAUAAAAACUGGAAAUCUCUAUGAAAAAUAUGAUAUACAUAAAUUUGAAGAGACUUAUCAAAUGGACGAAAUUAUAAAUAAUGAACAUGAUAUAGUUACAUUAAAUUUUUUAUAUUUAAUUAAUAAAAUAUAUGACAACGUCAAUAGGGUUUGUUUAAACACAAAUACAAAUAUUUAUGUUCAUUUUUAUGUAAUUAAUAUUUUAAAAUAUAUAUGUUAUAAGCAUUAUAAAAACAUACUCAAAAAUAAUGCUCAUUUAGAAGAUUUGAUAAAUGGAAACAAAAAAAAAAAUUUUUAUAAUUAUAUAUAUACAUUUUUUUUUAAAAAAAAUACUACAAAAGAUAAUGAUAUAAAGGAUAGUAACCAAAGUCUAUUCGAUUUUGAAUCAGAAAAUUAUUUAAGUAAUUUUAAAAAACAAAUAAAUAACGAAUUGACACAUUUUGCAAAUAAUGAAAAUUGUUUUAUGAAUAACCAUGACUUGACUGGAAAAGGUGAAAAAAAAAAUGAAAUAAAACAAGUUAUUUCAAAUAAUUUAAAAAAAAAUGUGUUAGACAAUCCAGAACAUGCUAGUGAAAUAAAAAUUAUGAAUGAUUUAUAUUUAGUUUUAUAUUUAAGAUUACUUUUUGAAAGCUCUAUAAAAAUUUUAAGUAUUAAAAAAAAUAUAUCUAUAUUAGAAAAAAAAAAAAAAUUUGAUAAGGAACAUCAAAUAAUUUAUAUGAACCCAGCAGAUUCAAUAAAUAAUUUGAAAACAAACUUUUUGAAACGAUUUCGAAAAAAUGAAAAUAAAAAAAUACAAAAUAUUUUUUUACGUCCAUAUAGUGAAUUUGGAAUUUGGGGAUUACCCAAAACAAAUCAAAAAAAUAAAGAAAUUCAAAAUUAUGAAAAAAAAAAUAUAACAAAUAAAGAUAAUAUGAGCAUUUUUUUAUAUUAUUUAUUACAAUGUAAAAAUAUUUUUACUUUAGAUCCUAAGAUAGACAAUAUCAAGAAUAAUGACCAGUCUAUAAAUAGCAUAUAUACAAAUAUUCCUAUUAAUGAUAAAAAAAAAAUAUCUAUGAUACCAUCAUAUGCAAAUUAUUUCAUUUCGUCAGAAUUGAAUGUAAAGGAUAGUGAAAAAGCUAGUAGCUUUUAUUUAAGCUCAUUUUUAAAAAAUACAAAAAUAAUCCGUUUUUUUUCAGAAACAUUAACCAAGGUUGAAAUACAAAAAAAAAAAAUUACAAAUUAUUUGGGAAUAAAGAUUUUCAAAGUUAAAAGAAAUAUAAAUUACUAUAUUUUUAAUGUGGAUCAAGUAUUAAUAAAUAAAUAUUAUAAUUUAAUUCAUAAAAGGAAUAUAAAUAAAAUUAAUACACAUUUAAAUAAAUCAAAAGAAAAAUAUGUAGACAUAAACAAGUUUAAUGAUAUAUAUACAUCCAUGAUUAAAAAUCUCCAUAAUAUAUUUUCCUUUGUCUAUUUAAUAGAUGAUAAUCCUGAUGUAUAUAAAAUUGUGAAUUUAUAUAGUACAAACAUUUUUUAUGAAUAUAACUAUUUAAAUGAAAAUCAAAAUAUUUUCUACACAAAUUGUAUAAAGAGAUAUUUAUAUUAUUUUAAUAAUAAUUUAUUAUACAAGUUUUGUUUUACUAAUAAUUCUAUUUCAUAUGAUAACAACAAAUCGGAAAAACAAAAUGGAAAAAAAAAGGAAAAAAAAAGAGAAAAAAAAAAAGAAAAAAAAAGAGAAAAAAAAAGAGAAAAAAAAAGAGGAAAAAAUUUUGAACAAGCCUUUUUUUAUUGCAAAAAUGAUAUUAACCUAUUACUCUUUUUAUACACUCAACGUAUAAAAAGAUGUUUCUAUAUUUUUUCUUAUAUUUAUAAUAAAUACAAUUUAAAAAAAAAUUAUCAUUUAAAUUAUAUUUACUAUAAGUUAAAUUAUUUAAUUUUAUCCCCUACUAAAAAUUACCCGCUUUUUUUUAUAUUAAAUUUCCCUUACCUUGCAUAUAAUAAUUUGUUUACUUGUUUUUCUUUUUUAUAUUUUUUAUGUACUUAUUCAUAUUUAUUUUUAUUCUUAGUUUAUCAAUCUUACACCUUUUCUAAUCUUCAUUAUUUUAGAACACUUUCUGAUCAGGGCAUAUAUAUUUAUCUCUACACAUUAUACAAUAAUUUGAGAGAUGCAUAA